AUGACAAAAGACAAAAAAGUUGAAGUGACAGCCCCAAACGCUGCGUUUUCUCCAGAAAUAGAAAAUAUUGAGUCUGUUAACAUAAAACAGCAGACCGGUGAUGAUUCGGUAGUUCAAGCCAAGAGAAAGGCCAAGAAGGGCAAGAAAUCGAAACCUAUAGUCACACCUGAACAUAUUGCCAAGGUUCGGGCCGAAAGGGAAGCCAUGAGGAAGGCCAAGAGAGAUGCAAUGUUGGCCCACGGUGUUGACCCAGAUUGUCCGCCAGAAUUACAUUUUAUCCAGAGACCUUUACUCUCCCUCGGCGAGGGAGAACCGGUGACUGGUUUUAGAUUCAAAUUGAUGACAUACAACUGCUUAGCACAAGCCCUCAUCCGCAGGAAGUUGUUCCCCGAUAGCGGCGAUGCUUUAAAAUGGUUCAGGCGUUCUAAAGUUUUACUAAAUGAAUUUAAGUAUUACAAUGCCGACGUGAUUUGCUUGCAAGAGGUUGAUCAUAUUCAGUUUCAAAGUUUUUGGAAAGGAAAAUUCAAUAAAAUGGGAUAUGACGGACAAUAUCAUAGGAAUCCCACGAAGAAUCAUGGUGUUGCCAUCAUAUGGAGAAGAAGCAUGUUUCAGAAGGUCGAUAAAAUGUUAAUUGACUAUGAUAAAGAGGCUUCAGGAAGUAUUCUCACCAGGACGACAACAAACAAUGUAGGCUUGGUUUUGGCUUUAAAGUUUUCUAAGGAAGUAUUAUCGAAAUUAGGUAAGAAAUCAUCUAAAAAGUGCGGUAUUUUGAUUGGUACCACACAUCUAUUCUGGCAUCCAUUUGGUACUUAUGAAAGAACGAGACAAUGCUACGUCGUCCUACGGAAAAUGAAAGAAUUCAUGCACCGCGUGAACGUUUUGCAGAAUGAUAAUGACGGCGAUUUGUCCCAUUGGUUUCCUUUUUUCUGCGGUGAUUUCAACUCUCAACCGUUCGACACCCCAUAUUUGUCAAUGACCUCAAAGCCGGUUCAUUAUAAGAGCAGAGCAAAGACUGUUAUUGAGUGCAGUACUUCUUUUAAGUUUUCUAAAGUGCGUGAUGGCGAAGAAGGUGCAGAUGACGAAGAAGGCGGAAAUAUUGAAAAAUUUGGCAAAGACCAACCUGAGAGCCCUGUUCCUGAGAAUUUUCAUGCUAAUGAUGAGCAAAUUGAGAUUGUGGAUGAUAUGGUACAGCUUCAUAAUUCAUUGGACAUGAGAGCUAUUUCUUUAUAUUCAGUCGGGUAUAAAAGUGUUCAUCCAGAAAAUGCAGGUCUUGAUAAUGAUAGAGGCGAGCCUGAAAUUUCUAACUGGGCAAAUACUUGGCGCGGGUUAUUGGAUUAUUUAUUUUAUAUUAAGAAAUGGGAUUUACAAAGUAACCGUCAGGAAGUAGAAAACCUCAGUGAUUUUGAAAAAAAAAAUGAGAUUAAAUGCAGAGGAUUUUUGAGGAUGCCACCCGCUAGCGAGAUGACAAAGCAUGGACAGCCUCAUGUCGGAGAAUAUCCAAGCGAUCACUUGUCUAUGGUUUGCGAUUUGGAAUUGCAGCUAUAA